GUCACCACUUCACCAGUAUACUGAUUAUGGUGGACGUGGCCUAGGUGGUGAAUAUUUUUUGUUGUAUUAUGUUUUCACCAUCGUCAUAAUAUAAUAAGGAAAUGUCUGAAGCGAUUGUGCCCAAGGGUCAGCCGACUCCCGGCGGCGAUCCUGAAAAGAAGGGGUGGUUGUUCAAGUGGACAAAUUAUUUAAAAGGUUAUCAGCGAAGAUGGUUCGUGUUAUCGAAUGGAUUGUUAUCAUACUACAGAAAUCAAGCAGAGAUGGCGCACACAUGCCGAGGCACCAUCUCUCUGCUCGGCGCUCUGAUCCACACGGCGGACUCCUGCACAUUCGUGAUCAGUAAUGGCGGCACGCAGACCUUCCACAUCAGGGCGCACGACGAGGUGGAGCGGCAGAGCUGGGUCACUGCGUUGGAGCUGGCUAAAGCCAAGGCCAUAAGAGCUCAAGAGUCAGACGAUGAUGAGUCAGACGGCGGGGCGGCGGUCUGCACUGAAGGCGAAAGCGAAGACGUGGGCGGCAUUGCGCGCGAACUAGCUGCCAGGUUCGACGACCUCCGCACCUGCUCGGAGCUGGUGGCGCGGCACGGUGCAGCGCUCCAGCGGUCUCUAGUAGACCUGGAGAUACCUCCUUCAGACACCACCAAGCAGGUGUCCGAGCGAGCCACGCUGUUCCGGAUAUCCUGCAACGCCAUGAUGAACGCAUGUUCAGAAUUCAUGAGCGCAGCGGCAGCUUCAAGCGCGCGAAUGUCGCGCGCUCUACAACACGAGCGGGAUCAGAAAAUGCGGCUCCAAGAGGCGGUCGAGCAACUCGCCAGGCAGCACGACAACUUGGAGAAGGCUGUUUCUCACCGCACAGGGGGUAACGGCACGGGACAGGGCAAUGAAACAGAGGAUGAAGACCAUGAAUUCUUUGAUGCCAUGGAAGAUGGUGUCAGCUCCACGGACGACAAAGCACACAAUUCAUUUGUAAUGAAAGUACCUGUAAACAGAAAAAACAAAGUAAAGAGCGGAGAAAGCUCUGAUGACUCGGAGCCUGAGAUUGUAACAGAGACGCAGCAGGUUUACUUCGUGGAGGAGCGACCAGAGAGCUCCAUGGGAGGCGUAGACACCGCUGCACCCACCAGCAAACCGCCGGCGGACUCCAAGAGCAUGGACAUCACAAUCUGGCCGCACGUGUCACAGGUGGUGUCGAUGGUGGACGGGCAUCCGCGGCGUACCCGCGUGCCCGACAAGCCCAACUACCCGCUCAGUCUCUGGUCCAUCAUGAAGAACUGCAUAGGCAAAGAAUUAUCAAAGAUCCCCAUCCCCGUGAACUUCAGCGAGCCGCUGUCGAUGCUGCAGCGGCUCGCGGAAGACUACGAGUACUCGUCCGUCCUGGACGAGGCGGCGCGGUUCAGCGACCCGGCGCAGCAGCUGGCCUACGUGGCCGCCUUCACCGUGUCCGCCUACGCCACCACGGCCUGCAGAACAAAUAAGCCCUUCAACCCGCUGCUCGGCGAGACGUACGAGUGCGACAGAAUGUCAGACCUCGGCUGGCGGUGUAUCUCAGAACAGGUGUCGCACCACCCGCCCAUGGUGGCGCAGCACUGCGAGGGCGUGGCGGGCUGGCAGUGCUGGCAGGAGUUCACCAUGACCACCAAGUUCCGCGGGAAGUACCUGCAGGUCGUGCCGCUCGGCGCCGCCUCCGCCUGCUUCCCCAGCCAGGGCACCAAGUACACCUGGAGGAAGGUGACGACAACAGUCCACAACAUAAUCGUAGGCAAGCUGUGGGUGGACAACCACGGCGACAUGGACAUCAUCGGCGAGGCGGGCGCCGCGGCCGGCUACGUGGCGCACCUCAAGUACCAGCCCUACGGCUACUUCAGCAAGGACACGCAGCGGAAGGUCACCGGCGUCAUCAAGGACCCCAACGGCGUGCCACGCUACGUGCUCCAAGGGCACUGGGACAGCCGGGUGGAAGUGGCGCCGGUGACGAGCGCGUCGCCCGACAACACGGUGUGCAAGACGGGCAAGUUCACCGUGGCCUGGCAGCGCGUCGACGCGCCGCCCGACUCCGACAAAUGGUACAACUUCACGCUGCUGGCGGCGCAGCUGAACGAGCCCGAGCCCGGCGUGGCGCCCACGGACUCGCGCCGCCGCCCCGACCAGCGCCUCAUGGAGGAGGGGCUCUGGGACGAGGCCAACGCCGAGAAGUUGCGGCUGGAAGAGAAGCAGCGCGGCAAGCGGCGCGAGCUGGAGGCGGCGGCCGAGGCGGCGGCGGCGCGCGGGCUGCCGGCGCCCGAGCCGCCGCGCCCGCUGUGGUUCACGCGCGAGGCCGCCGCGCCCGGCGAGGCGCACCUGCGCCACCUCUACAACAACACCUACUGGGAGUGCAAGCAGAGGCAGGACUGGAGCCGCUGCCCCGACAUCUUCUAGCGGGACGACAUGCGCGCCGCCGCCGCCGCCUCCGCCGCCGGACCGUAACGACACACGGAUGAGGAGAUCGAACUAAUAUACUUGUCCGUUAUCAGGAUCUCAAACGUCCCGUUGAACCCCUUGUCCGUAUGUAAACUGCUGCCGAUGCUACGGAUGUUCGCGAGUUCGUAGUGUUUAGAACUUGGUCUUGGCGAAAUGAAAUUAUAAUAUGUCCGUGUUUGUUUGCCAAGUUUGGUUUGGAUACUGGGUUUUGUUUGGAUUGAGUCGAAUGGCAGUUUCAUGCAAAAAAAUAUGCAUUCAAACUUCUAUGUGAAAAAGACAGGUUAUUCUGCAGGAAUAGUAUGUAAUCGUAUGGACUCGUGAACGUAAGUAACUCGUACGCAAGUUGUGUUUGCCGGUAGCGGGCAGCUCGCGUGCAGUCCGCAUGAAGCACUCCGCCGACGCGCACUUAGUGGUCGUCGAAUUUUAACUCCCUCCCUCGUCUUAAGCUUACUCGAUUACAAGUGCGCCGUGUCGAUAUCCGCUUCGUUUCCGUGCGAAUUUCGUUUUUGCAUUUGUCGCCGAACGACGGUUUCCCCUUUUAAAAGAUUUUAAUAAAAAUAGAACUGUGUCGAUAUUGACGGUAUCUUAGCGUGUACGAUUAAAUAAAUAACUCACCGCGUGCGUUUCUUACAUAAAAUUUCGUCUCUCAUUCCAUAACACGAUUCUGUGGUUGUUUUUUAUUUAUUGUUAUGUGUCGAAAUUUCAAGUUGUUUUUCGAUCGAUGUGUAAAUACAUUAUUUAUAGACGUUGCGACUUACCUAUUAUCCGCAGACUGCUGAGGCCUAAUUAAUGAUUAUUUUUAUUCUUCGCUGCUUAUCUGGAAUCUAGAUUCAAAACUCGCACUCUCGACUCGACUUAAAAGAAACUGUUAUAAAAUCCUAAAACGGUCAAAAGUGGAAUCUAUCCUUUAGAUAAGCGAUUGUAAUUUUUUAUAUUUCGGCCGCCCUAACGAAAAGCAAAAUGAAUGAUCACACUUUUUGAUGAUGUUUUUGGAUUCUAUGAUAUCUGCAACUGAAUUUUAAAAUAAACUAAGAUGUUUUCAAUUAGUUUGUUUUCGGCCGGGGCGGCGUCCACUGCCGUGCGCCGCACGAGAUACACAACGAAGUCUUCACAUUAUAUUACGUGAUUUUAAGGAAAAAUUUUGCUCGACUAAUUAUUUUAAACGCAAGUGCUUUCUAGUAUAAUGAAGUAAAUAUUGAUACAUUGUUUGCUUGUUGAUAUUCAUGAAGACUGGUGAUAAGAGUUUAAUGUAUUGUAAGGUCAGAUUUACACCUGCGUGGUUUAAGUCUUCAGUUACUUUUCCCGUUUAAUUUUCUGGCGAUACCUAGUAAUUUUAUCUUACUUAUAUACCGUUAGCAUAAUAGUACUGGUGAGUCGCAUAGUAGAGGAGUCAACCUUCACCACGCUGCACUAGAUAAUGGGAAGACGUGUGCAAUGAAUGUAGUGGGCAUUAAACCUAUCUCUUCGACCCAAUAGGAAAAACUUGUCAAAACUGAAUGCCUUAUCAUAGAUGAAAUAGGCGAUAUCUAUGUAAGUGUUGAACGAACACGAGUUAAUAUCAAAGCAUACUCCAGUAUCGAUCUGACGUAGGUAAACUGUUGGACGUGCUCUUGACGCCAUCGCGUGAUGGUCUAGGAUAUUUUGUAAGAUCUAUUACAAAUUGUACAUUGUCAAGUGGAUGUAAGAUAAUUUGUUAAUAUUUUUAUUAUAAUAGAAUGAUAUUUGAAUACAAAGCCAUAACAUCUGUAUCAUGUUGAAUAUAAAAUAAAUUAUAUAAUGUC